CUAUCUCCUUGCCCCCCUUAAUCGUGCUUUCCGUUGGGUUCCGGUUGGCUAGGCCGUGGUUGUGGCGGCAAGCAUGGCGGUAGCUGUGCGGGCUCUACAAGAACAGCUGGAGAAAGCCAAGGAAAGCCUCAAGCACGUCGAUGAAAAUAUCCGCAAACUCACGGGGCGGGACCCCAACGAUGUGCGGCCCGCUCAAGGUAGAUUGUUGGCCAUCACAGGCCCUGGUGGAGGUAGGGGGCGCGGAAGCCUAUUGCUGAGGCGUGGAUUCUCGGAUAGCGGCGGAGGACCCCCAGCCAAACAGAGGGAUCUAGAAGGGUCGACGAAUAGAUUGGCUGGUGAACGUCGGACAAGGAGAGAAUCACGCCAUGAAAGCGACGCAGAGGAUGAUGAUGUUAAAAAACCAGCGUUGCAGUCCUCUGUUGUUGCUACCUCCAAAGAGCGAACACGCCGAGACCUUAUUCAAGAUCAAACUAUGGAUGAAAAGGGGAAACAAAGGAAUCGGCGUAUAUUUGGCCUGUUGAUGGGUACUCUUCAGAAGUUUAAACAAGAAUCAACAGUUGCUACUGAGAGGCAAAAAAGAAGACAAGAAAUUGAGCAGAAACUUGAAGUGCAGGCAGAAGAAGAGAGAAAGCAGGUUGAAAAUGAAAGACGAGAACUCUUUGAGGAAAGACGUGCUAAACAAACAGAACUACGACUAUUGGAACAAAAAGUUGAACUUGCUCAGUUGCAAGAAGAAUGGAAUGAACAUAAUGCCAAAAUAAUUAAAUAUAUAAGAACGAAGACAAAACCUCAUUUGUUCUAUAAACCUGGCAGAAUGUGCCCUGCUUCCCAGAAGAUGUUUGAUGAUUCCCAAAAAAAGUUAAAUGCACUGUUUGAAAAUAGACGCACUGAAUUUGCUGAGCAAAUUAAUAAAAUGGAAGCCAGGCCCAGACGACAGUCUGUGAAGGAAAAAGAACACCAGGAGGUACAGAAAGAAGAAAAGAAGGAAGACCAGAACAAGGAGCAGGAAGUGGGUAAGGUGGUACAGCAGGUGGAGGAGAUGGAGACAGGUAAUAAGAGCAAUGAUAUAGAAAUGGAAGAGGUAAGGGAAGAAAAGGAGGUAGGUGCUAGUCAUAGUGAUGGGGAGAUAGAACAGGAAGAGGAAGAGCAAAAAGAGGAAAUGGAAGUUAAAGUAGAAGAGGAAGCUGAAGUUAAAGAGAAUGACAGGCAGACAGAUAACCCAACUGAGGAAGUUGAGGUAGUGAAGGGAGAAAGUGAAGGUAUUCAGCCAAUAGAUGGUGAGCAGGAUGUAAUGGAAAUCAAUGAGACAGAUUGUACAGAGCCAUUAGAAACAGAGCCGUUAGAAAAUGAAAUUAGCACAGAGGUUGAACCAGAAGUGGAAUGUAAUGCUCAGCCAGAACAGGAAGGGCUCAUUGUGGUCCUUGAAAAAGAGGAACCCGGCAAGCCAGAAGUUGAUGCUGAACCAGAGGAGUCAGAAGAGAAGGAGCCUGAAUCCAUUCCAGUAUCGGAGGCUGAGGUCCAGCCUCAGUCAGAGUCUGUGAUUUGGCCACAGCCUUUGCCACUUUUGGAAUCCACUCAAGACCAAGCACCACAAUUAGAUAAAGAAGCUCUAGUGUCUGAAAAGCUGCCUGAAAUACAGGCAGAUCAAGUGCAGGCAGUAAGUGUAGAAAUUAAAAACAAAAUUAGGAGCAGAAGCAGGGGUAGAGCAAGAAACAAAACCAGUAAGAGUCGAAGUCGGAGUACUAGUAGUAGCACUAGUAGUACUAGUUCUACAAGUAGUAGCAGUGGGAGCAGUUCUAGCAGUGGUACAAGCAGUAGUCGGAGCAGUUCCAGCAGCAGCAGUAGCAGUGGUACUAGUAGUCGAGAAAGUACUAGUAGUUCUAGCAGCAGUGAGAGUAGAAGUCGAAGCAGGGGGCGAGGACAUAAUAGAGAUAGAAAGCAUAGAAGGAGUUUGGAACGGAAGCGAAGGGACAAUUCAGGAGUAGAUAGAAGUCACAAGUCUUCAAAAGGUAGCAGAAGAGAUGCAAAAGGAUCAAAGGAUAAAAGCUCAAGGUCGGACAGAAAAAGGUCUAUAUCAGAAAGUAGUUGGUCAGGCAAAAGGACUUCACGGAAUGAAAGAGACCGUAAAUCAGACAGGAAAGACAAAAGGCGUUAACAGAAGAGACCAGGCACCUACCCUAAUUUUUGCAGCAGAAGAUUACUUGAGUGAAGAGAGUCCAUAUAAGGAAGAAAAGGCUGCUUUAAUUGCAUGCUGUGUAAAAUCUUUUGAAGACUCUUUACCAGGCAAUUGUGCUUUUUACAUGAUUUUGUAAAAGGUUACUUAUCAAAUUAUGUGAAGAUGCAGAUGUGUAAAAUAAAAUAUUGAAACCCCUCCAUUUUUUAAGUAUCCUCUACUUCAAAGUUUCUUGUAUAUUUUAAAAGGUACAUAGUUAAAUUUGUGUGAUUCAAUUGUAUCAUAAGUCUCUUUUUGUAGAAAUAAAUGUCUUUUACAGAGGUUUGUGAGAGCCUGUUGCUGCUUCAACUUGCAUAGAAAACUUUCUCCUUUUAUUGGCAAACCCCAUGCAGAGUGUUUAAUAUUCUGCACGUUAGCCUUUCCUACUUAAUUGUAAAGAAGAAAGUGAAUUUCCAAAUCCCAUGAAGAUGUGUCUGCUUUCAGUUAAAUUUGAUUCAAGCUUUUACUAUUGUUUCUUAAGAUAACUACCCAUGUAUGAAAGCAAAAUAAGUACAUCAGGCUAAUUAUAAUUUUUUUGAACACAUAAUGUUCUAUUUUGUGAUUCCUAUAGUUACAUAAACUUUGCCUUUCUCUAGGAUAAUGAUACUCAGUGUAGCUUUUUUUUUUAUUAAAAAAAAACUUGCCUUUCUGUGUUUUGCUGUAUGAUAGAAGAAUGCCAUGUGUCUCUUGUAAAGCUAGAUGAUUAUUGGCCAUCCACACCUUUUCAAAUUGCAGUAUAAAUGGGUUGCAUAGUUCGUUUGGGGCUAAUGUUGUGCUUAAAAAUGCGUGUUGAGUGAGGAACGUGAACUUGGACUUUUUUUGUAAUAAAGCAAAUAGAUGGCAGUUUAGUUGGUGUGGAAUGGUAUUCUGUUUUUAAGCUUUUUAUACAAUUAGUGUAUUUGUUAGCCUGUUCUGUAAUAGUCCAAAUAAAAUUAGCUUUAUCUACA